CCGCCGCCUGCUGCUCUCCCUGCUGCUGCUGCCGGCCGCGGGGACGGGCGCACACGGAGCCUCUUUAGCGCUGGGGGACCCGGAGACAGCGGAGGAGCUGAUGGAGUACCGCGACCCGUGCAAAGCCGGCCUGAGUUCCUCCACUCGUGGGACAGUGUCGGGAUCUGUCAAGAAGCAUGACUGGAGAGGGCAAUGGCUGCAGACCUGCUGUGAAAUGCUCAGGUGUCUGCUGCCUUUUGGGGAGAUAUCGCUCUAGAUGAAGAUGAUCUGAAGUUGUUUCAAAUAGACAAAACUGUCGACUUAACAAAGCACUCAGAUGGCAACGAAAGACACACUUCAGGAGGCCUGGGAGAAGACGUGUCAAAUGAAAAUGCCACUUCAACUGACCAUAGUGACAAAGCAGUUAAAAAGGGUAAUGUGGUACCCCACCCAGACCUUUGGACGGCAGGCAGAACACAACGCUUGCAAGGAGCCCACAGAGGAAGGAAUAUAAAGAUGAGUCUGGCAUGGAUACACGCUCCUCUGCCAGGGUGCGCAGGGCAACCACAUCCAGGGCUGAGAGGAUCUGGCCAGGGGGGGUCAUCCCCUAUGUGAUCGGAGGAAAUUUCACUGGAACCCAAAGAGCUAUCUUUAAGCAAGCGAUGAGGCACUGGGAGAAACACACCUGUGUGACCUUUGUGGAGAGAACUGAUGAGGAGAGCUUCAUCGUGUUCACAUACAGAACAUGUGGGUGUUGCUCCUAUGUGGGUCGCCGAGGAGGGGGCCCUCAGGCUAUAUCCAUUGGCAAGAACUGUGACAAGUUUGGUAUUGUGGCUCAUGAGCUGGGUCAUGUGGUGGGUUUCUGGCAUGAGCACACACGGCCUGACAGGGACCAGCACGUCACUAUCAUCAGAGAGAACAUACAGCAAGGUCAGGAGUACAACUUUUUAAAGAUGGAAGCUGGGGAAGUGAACUCACUUGGAGAGACCUAUGACUUUGACAGCAUCAUGCACUAUGCUAGGAACACGUUCUCCAGAGGAGUUUUCCUGGACACCAUCCUUCCCCGCCGCGAUGAUAACGGGGUACGGCCGACGAUCGGCCAGCGCGUUCGCCUGAGCCAGGGAGACAUCGCUCAGGCAAGGAAGCUGUACAAAUGCCCAGCUUGUGGAGAGACCUUGCAAGACUCAACAGGUAAUUUCUCAGCCCCUGGCUUUCCAAAUGGCUACCCCUCCUAUUCCCACUGUGUCUGGAGGAUCUCGGUGACCCCAGGGGAGAAGAUUAUGUUAAACUUCACAUCGAUGGACUUAUUUAAAAGUCGCCUUUGCUGGUAUGAUUAUGUGGAGGUGCGUGAUGGCUACUGGAGGAAGGCUCCAUUAUUGGGUAGAUUUUGUGGUGACAAGAUUCCUGAACCAGUAAUCUCCACGGACAGCAGGCUGUGGAUCGAGUUCCGGAGCAGCAGUAACAUCCUGGGCAAAGGCUUCUUUGUGGUCUAUGAAGCUAUUUGCGGUGGAGAAAUACACAAAGAUGCUGGCCAGAUCCAAUCUCCCAAUUACCCAGAUGACUACAGACCUUCCAAAGAGUGUAUCUGGAAGAUCACAGUUUCUGAGGGUUUUCACAUAGGAAUCACAUUCCAAGCCUUUGAGAUCGAAUGGCACGAUGCGUGCUCUUACGACUACCUGGAGAUCCGAGACGGCCUCACUGAACAGAGCCCACUCAUCGGCCACUUCUGUGGCUAUGAGAAGCCAGAAGACAUCAAAUCCAGCUCAAACAAAGUAUGGAUGAAGUUUGCAUCUGAUGCAACCAUCAAUAAAGCAGGUUUUGCUGCAAAUUUCUUUAAAGAGAUGGAUGAGUGUUCUCUGCCGGACAAUGGUGGGUGUGAGCAGCACUGUGAGAACACACUGGGCAGUUACAAAUGCACCUGUGAGCCUGGCUAUGAGUUGACAGCUGAUAAAAAGAGCUGUGAAGCUGCCUGUGGGGGCUUCAUCACCAAGCUCAAUGGGACCAUUACUAGCCCUGGAUGGCCCAAGGAAUAUCCUACUAACAAAAACUGCGUGUGGCAGGUGGUAGCUCCAGCCCAGUACCGGAUCUCUCUGCAGUUCGAAGUGUUUGAGCUGGAAGGCAAUGAUGUCUGUAAAUAUGACUAUGUUGAGGUUCGUAGUGAGCUGGCUUCUGAUUCCAAGCUACAUGGCAAAUUCUGCGGCUCAGAGAAGCCCGAAGUAAUCACGUCAUAUGGCAACAGCUUGAGACUGGAGUUCAAAUCAGACAACACGGUCUCCAAGAAAGGCUUUAAAGUUCACUACUUCUCUGACAAGGACGAAUGCUCCAAAGACAAUGGUGGCUGCCAGCACGAAUGUAUCAACACCUUUGGGAGUUAUACGUGCCAGUGCAGAAAUGGCUUCAUGCUGCAUGAAAAUGGCCAUGACUGUAAAGAAGCUGGUUGUGAGCACAAGCUGAGUGGUGCAGAGGGAAUGAUGAGCAGUCCCAACUGGCCUGACAAGUAUCCCAGCCGGAAAGAGUGCACGUGGGACAUCUCUGCAACUCCUGGCCACCGAGUGAAAGUAAUCUUCAAUGAGUUUGAGAUUGAGCAGCACCAAGAAUGUGCCUAUGACCACUUAGAAAUGUAUGAUGGGCCCAACAGCAAGUCACCUGUCCUUGGCCGCUUCUGUGGCAGCAAGAAACCAGACCCUGUAGUGGCUUCUGCCAACAAGAUGUUCCUCAGGUUUUACUCUGAUGCUUCUGUGCAAAGGAGAGGUUUCCAGGCAAAGCACAGCACAGAGUGUGGUGGGCUGUUAAAGGCUGAAGUACAAGCUAAGGACCUGUAUUCCCAUGCUCAAUUUGGGGACAACAACUACCCAGGUCAAGCCAACUGUGAAUGGGUGAUUGUAGCUGAAGAUGGUUAUGGGGUGGAGCUAAUAUUCCAGAUAUUCGAGAUAGAGGAGGAGGCUGACUGUGGGUACGACUACAUGGAGAUUUACGAUGGUUACGACAGCACUGCACCCCGUCUGGGACGCUUCUGUGGCUCAGGGCCUCUGGAAGAAAUCUACUCUGCAGGGGAUUCCAUUAUGAUUCGAUUCCAUACAGAUGACACCAUCAACAAGAAAGGAUUUCAUGCCCAAUACAUAAGCAAGACCUCUGAUCUCAAGCUGUUUGACCAUGCAGGUCUGGGGAAGUGAGCUCUGCUAGAUGGGGUGUGCAUUUGUCCUUCUCUUCCUUGCUCCAGUUCAAGCAAAAUUACAGUGACUCAGGCCUGGAAAUAAAAACAUGACAUGACAUCAGUCCCUGUGAAACAGAAGCAAAGUUUCAGCUGACAAGCAUCAGUUCAAGUUUCCAGGCCUUUUAUUGGCAGCAAUGGCUCUAGAGAAAAGUGACUGUAACAAGUUGCCAUGUACUUUAACAUCUUUGUUCCACGUUCUGAUAACUUCUCAUCCACCCCAGACUGGUUUGAUGCAGACGCUUGCAAUGUGGUUUGACAGAUCUACUACACCUGUCAGUGUUCAUCCAGGUGUCUUUUGUGGCAGUGUGUUCACAAAUGUUGUAUUGUGCAUUCCAACCAAUGAUCUAUGUAGAAUAUUUCUGCUGUACUGACUGGACUUAACAGUCAAUAAUUCUAAAUGAGUGAAAUUUUCAUAAGAAAAAAAAUGUCAAACCCUCUGAUGUGUGAAUAUGUAUUCUGGUCUUUGUGUGGUUUUACAUUUCACUAACUAAAAUAAUUUUUAGAGGGGGAGAAGAAAAGGGUGUGGGGACAAUCACAAAUGUACCUAUGCCCAGAACAAAUCUCUGCAUUCAUUAAAGACUGUGGAUUCAGUUGCACGUUCUGUUGUACGCAUGCAUUUUCGACUUCCUCAAGGGGAGGAAAUUUCUUAUUACAUUCCUUGUUCUGCCAACUCUGGUUUGUGUCUACUGCUAACACCAGGAAGGAAUUUUCCUGUGGGCCUUCAGGUUUGUAUUGACAAUUGCAGUCAAGGGAACAUUUAGAAACUGAGGCAGAGAAGUUGCCCAGCCAAAAGGCUACAUUGUUCCGUGUGUUGCUCACACUUUGGCGAGCUGAGGUGCAGGUCUGCAGUGGUAUCAGAGGUCUGGAAAUUAGUCCACAGGUAUUUUUCAAAGGACUAGCUCAUUUGCUACACUGCAGACUAUGGCCUUCAGCAGCAGGUCCCAAAGACCCAGAGACAUGGAAGUCCUGUACAAAGGACAGCAGGAUGAGGCAGGUGUUCCUUACUGCAGAGUUUUAGUCCACAUUCCAGGUCAGCAAAAUGCUGCUCAGGCAGCUCCUAAAAUGCUUUUCUUCCUCUUUCUGUCCACUGCUUGAUGUCUACCCUGCUUGCUAAGG